AGCAAGUAAAGAAAUACAAAGACAAAUUUGUAAUCAAAAUACAAUUAGCAGCUCUUAAAUAUUAGUCAGAUUUUUUUCUUCUCAGAAGUCAUGUACUCCAGCCGAUUUGCUUUAUGUUGGUAGAGGUAUAUAUAGUUUCAGAAAAUUUAAAUAGCUUCUUGGCUGCUAGUUCAAGUAAUUAUUGUUCAAGAUGGAUUUCUUAGCACACAUGAAGAAAAGUGACGAAGCUGAUUCAAAAGAAAAGCUAAAGGAAAAACUAGAGCAAGCAACUAAAGAAAAAUCGCUAACGAAAACGUCAGAAGAAGACCUAGCACAUCACGGAUUUAAAAUCGGAAGAGUUCUCGGUGAGGGAUCCUAUUCUGCUGUUAGAUUUGCAACUUACAAAGGGAAAGAAAUAGCUGUGAAAGUAAUUAACCGAGAAAAAAUUUCUCAGGAUUUCACCUCAAAGUUCCUUCCUCGUGAAAUUGAAGUCCUGAGUAAAAUUAAGCACAAAAACAUCAUACAUGUUUUUAAAAUCUUCAACUACCCAAGAAAAGUUUAUAUUUUCAUGGAAUAUCUCGAAAGGGGAGACCUUCUUACGUACGUAAGGAAAAAAGGAUAUUUGAGCGAGAAAAAAACAAGACACUAUUUCAAACAGUUGCUGGCAGCAUUGCAGUAUUUACACAGCCUCAAUAUUGCACAUAGAGACCUCAAAUGUGAAAAUAUUAUGCUGGAUAAUGAAGAUAACAUUCGAUUGAUUGAUUUUGGAUUUUGCAGAAGCACAGUCUCUGGUAGUGGUCGAAGACUACUGAGCCAAACGUAUUGUGGCAGUACAGCAUACGCCGCUCCUGAAGUACUGCAAGGCACUCCGUAUAAUCCUAUGUUGUAUGAUGUGUGGAGUUUGGGUUGCGUUCUUUUUAUAAUGGUGACAGGAAGUAUGCCCUUCGAUGACAGUAACGUCAGAAAAAUGGUCGAAUAUCAGAUAAAAAGAAAAUUAAAAUUUCCUGCAGGACGUCCUAUAAACUCUGAUGUUAAAAGCCUCAUCAAGAACACGCUGGAACCUGAUAUCACAAAACGGAUCAGUAUCGAGAGAUUGAGUCAUAAUGAGUGGGUGAAAAAGGAUGAUGAAAUGUCAAAAGAUAAGAAAAAAAUUCAUAGAGGAUGGUAA